AAUCGGUUUUAUGCUUUGUAGUUAUGUGAAUUUUAUUCGUUUUGAGAAUUAAUUUAUUUUUCGACAGAAUUGUUCAAUAAGGCUCCUGUUCUCGGUGAAACAGUAAGAAGCGGGGAACUAAGAGGUAUGGGAAAAACUCCAAAGCAGAAGUCUUCAAAAAGCAGUAAAAUAGGAAAUUUUUUCAAAAAGAUUCCAAAUGAAAUGAAGAAAAAACCUUGGUUGAGAUCUUUCAUGGGUCGUAUGACCCGUUCUAGUUCUGGUAAAACUAAUCUCAGUCAUAGCCUGGUAAGCAAGGAGUGUGCAGGAAAUAUUAGAAGAUUAAGUUAUAGCUUUUCAGAGGAACAGCCAUUUAGUACAACAUGUAAGGUUGAAAAGAGUAACAAAAUUAAAGAUAUUUCUAGAAAUAAAAAUUUAUUGAAGAAAAAAUCUAGAACAGUCAGACUGCCAUCUUCAAAUAGAAGUAUUCAAGAUAUCUACCAGGGUUCUUUCAAAAUGAAUUCUGAGCAUUCCAAUCCCUCACCAGGCAAGUCAAAAUUAUCAAAGAGAAAGCAAUCUGUAAAACUAUAUCAACCCCUCAACCAGAUUCCAUUUCCGUACAGUUCAGAAGAAGAAAAUGUGACUUACAUAAGUAAUUCUGACAUAAAAAAUACUCCUAAAGGACAAAUAUUUGUGACAGGGUUUGAUGGCAGAAAAGAAUUUGCUAACUCAAGCCCUAAAAGCCUAACAUAUAAUGUUCAAAAAGAUGAUGAUGAUGAUAACUCCAUUGAAAGUUUGGAAGAGUAUAAUCAAAUAACUCAUGUUGAGAAAUUAUUAGUUUCUUCAUCCAGUGAAGAUGAUAAAAGUCAGACUGAUGAUGAAUCAAGUCACAUAGAAACACAGUUACACCCUUGUGUUGAUGAUACUGAUAGCAGCGAGAAAGACCCUAAAUUUAGCACUGAUAGACUGCCAACUAACAAAAAUCACAAAUAUUCAGGUAAUGAAGAUGAAGACAUCAGUAUUAGUGAAAGUGAUGAAGAUGAGAGAAUAUUGGAUAUUCAUGAUGCAAAAUUAUACACUCCCUGUGAUGUAGAAAUAGUAGAUUCACCAUCAUUUGCUGCUAAUCAAGGGACAUUUCUUUCACCUUAUGGCAAAGCAUCAGAAACAUCUGAAAGUGAAACAUCUGAAUGGGAAGAUUUACCUUCAUUUAUGCAGAACUCUGAAAUGUCUUAUACUGAAAAUGGUAAACUUGUGAAUGAUGAGAAUGAAAAUGAAGAAAACAAAAAUAUGGAAGAUGCUGGUGUUAUAUUUGGUAAUUACGAGGACGAACAGCAAGAAGAAGGAAACUGUAAACAGGUGACAUCAAUACAUUCAGUUAAAUCAUCUCAAAAACCAUUACGUCCAGCCAAAACGGACCACCGACCACCAUUUCAUAUCUUCCCUCUUCCAUCAAGUAAUACAGUCAUUGCUGUUCUUCACCAUCCUACUCAAGUAUUGAUGUAUGGGAAAGCUCUAGUACGGGUGCUCAGCGGCUCAUUAAACAUUCUAGGACAUAGUCUCAGUUCACAGUGUGCUUCAUUCUUUCCAGUGUUCUCCGGCAAAUGUCACUCCUAUAUAGGAAUAAAUACUGAGACGGUUGAAGCUGUACCCGUGGGCAUGACUGUAAAACGACAUCUUGUACAGAGGUUAGCACAAGAAGACUUGGAAUCCCUUGCAUCAAAAGUAUCUUCUGUAUUUGACAGUUUCUCAGUCCUAAUAGUUUUGAAGAAGUUACCAACUUUCAAAGAAGUUGAGUAUGUAACUACAUUUACCAAAAAACUUUUUGUUCCAGCAGCUGUACAUGACCCCAGGCAUCAUCUGCUAGUUCUUCCUAAUCAUAAGAAAUAUGGUUUUAGCCUUACUACAAAAGAUGAAAGGUUAAAAUUUAUUCCUGAACAAGAUUAUGAGAAUCUGGCCGGACAAAUAAUGCAAGAAAUAUUGAAAUCAAAAAGAGAUGGACUUGGAGGACCUUGCAUCAUUGUUUGUGGAGGGAAAAACACUGGCAAAUCUUCUCUAAUCCGUUACUUGAUGAAUUCAGCUUUAAAUGUGUGUAGUGAGGUAAUGCACUUAGAGGCAGAUCCAGGCCAAACAGAGUUUACCCCACCAGGCUGUGUUGCAGUGACACGGGUUUGUGAACCAUUGUUUGGCCCACCCUUUACACAUCAGAAGACACCAGAGAGAAUGAGCUUCGUUGGUACUGUUGACCUUCAAAAUGCUCCUGAUCUAUACUCCGAGAGUGUUCAACAGAUACAUGAGUGGUACAAAGAAAAUUUUAAUGAGGUUCCUCUUUUUAUCAACACCAUGGGAUGGAAUGUUGGUAUUGGACUAUCAUUACUGGUUGAUAUUCUACGACAUGUGCAACCUGACAUUGUGAUCCAAAUGAAAGUUAAAUUGAAGUCACAAAACCUUCCUGACUUAACUCCAGAGUUCUUAUGUACUGCUUGUGGCUGGAGAUCAAAUAGAGAGGUUUAUGAAAACAGUGUCCCCUAUUUCCAGUACCAGCGAAUAGUUUUGUCACCACCUCUGGUAAAAGCUAGGCCGAAUGUUGCAGCACCUGUUUUAAGAUCUAUGGCGGUAAUGGCAUAUCUUGGAAAACUUCAGAACUCUGUUCCAUACAUUCUUCCCUUGAAUUCUUUCACCCCAUUCAGAGUGUCAUGGGCUACAGUUGCUGUUCAUGUUUGUGAAGACAAUGUUCCAGUCAACCACAUUUUGUAUGCACUCAAUGGAAGCCUAGUGGCUCUGUGUCGAGUUGAUAGCAGUCAGAUGAAACAACCUGAAGAUCCAAGCUUUCCCAAACUUCUGCCAAAAACCUUAGUCAAUGAGUGUUUUGGAUUUGGUGUUGUGCGAGCAAUUGAUCCAGUAAAUAAGACAUUUUUUAUAAUUACACCGGAGCCUCUAUCUCGUCUCCAGAAGGUUAACGCCCUUCUUCGAGGUAGUGUGAAUCUACCUGAACAGAUAAUAAAAGAACAGGGGUGCAAUGUGGCCUUACCGUAUGUUUCUAAACUUCAAUCACAUGUCCCAUAUCUGCCCAGGCUUCCAAUCAAACCAAGAGUGUGGAAGGAAAGGAGACCUGGUAGACAUUUGUUCUCUAAAGUCAGAAAGUAAUGUUGAAGAUUACCUUAACACACUCAAAAACUUUCAGUGAAUGUUAAGGUUAGUUUGAGUCAUUGAAAUUGUACCAGUUCCAAAAAUGGUUACUUUACAAGUAUUGUGCUCAGCAAGGCUUUUGAAAUUCACAAAUUUUGUAAGUAAAUUCUUUCAGGAUAUGUGAUUGUAAUGAAUUGUUUUCAAAAACACAGACUACAAAUUGGAAGUGUAUGGUAUUUAUGUUUAAUUACAUCAUUUUUCUUUAUGUUAGGACUAACUCUCUUAGUAUGAGGAAGAACGAAGUCAUUAUGCUUUUGUCUUAAAUUUCUUGAUGUGUUUUAGUGUAGAAAAAUCGUAAGGCAAUCUUUUGCGUGUAAGGGAAUAUAUGUGUAUCACUCCUCAGGGUUUUCUGCACACAUAAAAAAGGAAAUUCUGUGACAAUUAAUUUAGUUUCCUAUUGUAUUUAUAAUUGCUUUGGAAUAACAUUCAUUAUUUAGAACUAGUAUACCCAAACUGAAUAAAUCAGUCAUGUUUUGUGACAAAAAGGUCAUAUUAAAAUUUAGAAACUAACCAUGAAUAUUGUGUUCAGCUUUUUAAGUCUUAAGAUUUGAAUGGACAUUAGACAUGCAUGCUUUACACUUGGCAUUACUUCAGUGACAUACUUGAUAGCUUUUGAGUCAACCAAAUCUUGUUUUUAGUGUCAGUCUCAUAAUUCUUUGGUCCUAAUUUCCUUCUCAUUGGUGUACAAGAAAAAAAAAAGAACUACGAUUGUUCAGUGAGACUUUCUUCUGCUGGAGAGUAAACGUUUGUAGAGAGAGAUAAAAGCUCCACUCACAAUCAGCAGAGCCUUUGCUUAUAUUUUGGCCAAAUAUCAAACUGGGAAACACAGAUGCACCUUAAGAAAAUCCCACUCAUUCUUGCAAAAAUUUUGGAGCAAGUUUAAUAUAAUACAAAUAAAACUUCUUGUAAAAUAUAUUCCAUAAAUCCUGGGAUAUCAGUCCCUAUUUUUCUCCAAAAUGGAAAACUUGGCAAGACUGAAUAUGAUUACUACUUUGAGGAAUGCCUUGGGUAUUUUGAAAUGCCAUUGUGAACAAUUCAAGAAGUUGCUUUUUUUUUCAGUACAAAAGGUAUAAUUCUCCAAAAUAUCAAAAUCUUUGUUGUACAAGGCUUUUGGCUCUGAAAAAACUGAUUAAAAAUUAA